GCGACUACUCUAGAGCUCUUCUCAGAGAGAAAGGGGAAGUAGUUUGGCCUAGUUCACUUGCCAUUACGGCGGAGCGUCACGCGGAGGAUUGUGGGUGUGGAUCUCACAUGAGGCUCUGAGAGGGCUCCCGGGAGGUGACUGGUCUUGCUGUCAGGAAGGACUGUGGAGCGGACAGAACAGACUUCUUGGGAUUCGAGAGGUAUUUGAUUUCUUCAAGCAUUUGUCCCGUCAGACAUUUAAAAAUGGCAUCCAAACAAGAAAUAAUGAGUGACCAGCGGUUUAGGCGGGUUACAAAGGACCCAAGAUUUUGGGAAAUGCCAGAAAAGGAUCGAAAAGUCAAAAUUGACAAGAGAUUUCGAGCAAUGUUUCAUGACAAAAAGUUCAAGUUGAAUUAUGCUGUGGAUAAAAGAGGACGCCCCAUCAACCACAGCACUACAGAGGACUUGAAACGUUUUUAUGACCUUUCGGAUUCUGAUUCAGAUCUGUCUGAUGAAGAUAACAAAGUGUUGAACCAAAAGAAAAUGAAGAAGAAAAAACCCCAAAUUAAAACCAAAAUAGAAUCAAAAAAUCUAGUUGAAGAGAAAAAGAAAGAAACCAAAAAAAUUAAUCAAGAGGAUUCUGGAAAUGAAAAUAAUUUAGAUAACUCUGACAGAAUUCAGAAAAUGAAACACUCAUGCAAAUCUAAGAAGGUAGAUUCAAAAAUAAGUCCCAAGAAAGAUAACGAAGAAUUUACACAAAAAAGUACAAAAGGGAAAAAAGACGUUGUUCAACAUAGUACAGAUUCGUGUCCCAAGGGAAAAGUAAGGACAGUAGACUCGGGCACCUCCAAAAUUGUGAAAUCUCUCAAGGGCAAGUAUGCUGAAACAGGAAGAGAAACGCAGUCAGUGGUUCCACUCAUAAUGGCAAGAGACAGUUAUGAAAACUCAACGGGUGGUAAGAUGUUUGACAAAGAUGCUCUGGAGGAAGAUUCAGAAAGUGCUAGUGAAAUAGGAGAUGAUGAAGAAUCUGAAGAUGGAAUUACAGGCAUUGACAUAGCUUCAGCUGAUGAUGAUGAUGAUGACGACGAUGAUGAUGAUGACGACGAUGAUGAUGGCAAUGAAAACGAUGAGGAGGAGGAUGAAGAUAGUGAGGAUGAUGAUGAAAGUGAUAGUGGCCCUGAUCUUGCGAGGGGCAAAGGAAAUAUAGAAACUAGUUCUGAAGAUGAAGAAGAUAUGGCAGAUUUACUUCCAGAGGAAUCUGGUUUUGUGCAUGCUUGGAGAGAAUUAGAUAAAGAUGCUCCUCGGGCUAAUGAGAUUACACGUCGAUUAGCAGUUUGCAACAUGGACUGGGAUAGAUUAAAGGCAAAAGAUUUGCUGGCUCUGUUCAAUUCAUUUAAACCUAAAGGAGGUGUUAUAUUUUCUGUAAAGAUAUAUCCUUCGGAGUUUGGAAAGGAGAGGAUGAAGGAAGAGCAAGUUCAAGGACCAGUAGAGUUAUUAAGCAUUCCUGAGGAUGCCCCUGAAAAGGACUGGACCUCUAGAGAAAAAUUGAGAGAUUAUCAAUUCAAACGACUGAAGUACUAUUAUGCGGUAGUGGACUGUGAUUCUCUUGAAACAGCCAGUAAAAUUUAUGAGGAUUGUGACGGCCUGGAAUUUGAAAGUAGUUGUUCGUUCAUAGAUUUAAGGUUUAUACCAGAUGAUCUUACUUUUGAUGAUGAGCCCAAGGACGUAGCCUCAGAAGUGGAUUUAACAGCAUAUAAACCAAAAUAUUUCACAUCUGCCGCAAUGGGAACAUCAACGGUGGAGAUCACUUGGGAUGAAACUGAUCAUGAAAGAAUUACUACACUCAAUAGGAAGUUUAAAAAGGAAGAGCUUUUGGACAUGGAUUUUCAAGCCUACUUAGCUUCCUCUAGUGAAGAUGAAGAGGAGAUAGAAGAGGAGCUACAAGAUGAUGGAGUCAAUGUAGAAGAAGAUGGGAAAACAAAGAAAAGUCAGAGGGAUGAUGAAGAACAAAUUGCUAAAUACAGGCAGCUCUUGCAAGUUAUUCAAGAAAAGGAAACGAAAGGCAAAGAAAAUGAUAUGGAAAUGGAAAUUAAGUGGGUUCCAGGUCUUAAAGAAAGUGCAGAAGAAAUGGUCAAAAACAAAUUGGAAGGAAAGGAUAAACUGACCCCUUGGGAACAAUUUUUAGAGAAGAAGAAAGAGAAAAAAAGACUGAAAAAGAAACAGAAGGCUCUUGCUGAAGAGGCCAGUGAAGAGGAACUUCCCUCUGAUGUUGAUUUGAAUGACCCAUACUUUGCUGAAGAAGUUAAAAAAAUAGGAGUAAAGAAAAGAUCAAUGAAGUCUGCAAAAGAUGGCACAUCUCCUGAGGAAGAAACUGAAAUAGAAAGACAAAGGGCUGAAAUGACUUUGCUCAUGAUGGAUGAGGAGGACGAGAGCAAGAAACACUUCAAUUACAACAAGAUUGUGGAGCACCAGAAUCUGAGCAAAAAGAAGAAAAAACAGCUUAUGAAGAAGAAGGAAUUAUUAGAGGAUGACUUUGAGGUAAACGUUAAGGAUACACGGUUUCAAGCAAUGUAUACUUCCCACUUGUUCAAUUUGGAUCCUUCAGAUCCUAAUUUCAAGAAAACAAAAGCUAUGGAAAAAAUCCUUGAGGAGAAAGCCCGGCAGAGAGAGCAAAAAGAACAAGAACUCACUCAGGCAAUAAAGAAAAAAGAGAGUGAAAUUCAAAAGGAAUCACAAAAGAAGUCCAUUGAUCCUGCCUUGUCAAUGUUGAUUAAAUCUGUAAAAAACAAAACAGAGCAGUUUCAAGCAAGAAAAAAACAAAAAGUCAAAUAGCUGUAUGUUUCUUUUUGGAUUGAGAAUGUGAUCUCCUAAAAUAUACAGAACUGGUAAAAGUGAUAUUUAGUGGGAACAAAGCUACCUUUCAAGAAUAUGAGUAAAAUCUUACUCUGACUAUUGUAAAAUUUCUCUCCAUGUAUAACAGAUCUAAUUGGGGGUGAUUGACAGAUUUGUACUGUAUAUUUCCACAGAUUAAUUGUAAUUAAUUCAAUUAAUCCAAAUUAUAGGAUUUAUAAAAUUUUUAUAUUUUAUGAAAUUCAGUUCAUAAUAGUAGAAUAUUACUCUGUUUGCUUUUUUUAAAGACUCUUUACAAUUCUAUGUAAAAAAAUAGAGCAUGCCCAGUCUUAAGUCUGAAAAAGAUUUAGAAAAUAUGUAUAUGCAAUACAUUAAUUUCUCUGGAAGCAGGAGGCAGAUUUAGAUAUCUAUUUAAAUAAUUUAUUUUUCUAGCUGUAAUGGAUGGAAGCCAAUAACUUUGUUUGUUGUUUGGUCAUGUUUAUUAUAGUUUAUGAAGUUAAUUUGUAAAUAAAAGUGCAAAAUAUUUUUAUCAU